CCAGUAGAUCGUCACCAAAGAAGUCAAGAAGGCAGGUGGCCGAGCUAGCAAGCAAUGAAAUGGCUGACACCGAGAGCUGGUGCCACUCCCAGUGAGUCAGCACUUGUUGUUGCGCCAUGGACAACUCCCAUCCUCCCUAACUCCACCAGCCCAGCUUUGUUUGCUUUCAAUAUAUUUCAGUUGUUUUGGUCAUUAACUCAGAUGAGAGAUUGAGCGAGAGAGAGAGAGAGAGAUUGUUGUUAUAAGAGGUAUAUAAGAAAAUGAAAGGGCUGAGUAGGAGACAGGGAGGACAAUAAGACACCAAGUGGGAGAUGUGAGAAGAGGUCAUGCAGCUGUCAUCCCAUAUCCAAGCCUCCAAUACAGCAAGGAGGCCCUUCCCACCUGUCGGAUCCCCAUCUCAGCCUUGUUAGAUUCCGCCCACCGCCAUCCUCCCUUGGUUCUCUCCCUGCAUGCCGCUGCGGGUGAUGGAAGGAGGUGAAGAAGGGAUCCGGCAAAUAAGAGGAAGAGAGGAGUACACCGAGAGGGAAGGAAGACUGUGUUCUUGUGAGCAAGCUAGGGCUACCGACUCUUCCUUGCGCGUAGAGGAGAAGAACAGGGAGGGAGGGUGUGCUGUAUGGCUUCCGCUUCUUCUUCGACCUCCAGCCCGCAGUACAGAUCAAGGUUCGGCGACACAACCUUGACCAAGGUCUUCGUGGGAGGUCUGGCUUGGGAGACCCCCACCGAGGAGCUCCGCCGCUACUUCGAACAGUUCGGCGAAAUCCUCGAGGCCGUCAUCAUCACCGACAAGUUCACCGGCCGAUCCAAAGGCUACGGCUUCGUGACGUUCCGGGAGCCGGAGUCGGCGAGGCGGUCAGUGGCGGACCCCAACCCGGUGAUCGGCGGCAGGCGAGCCAACUGCAACAUUGCGGCCUUGGGCAGGCCAAGGCCGCCCUCUCCACGCCUAGGGAGGAGCCAAGAUGGGAGCAUGUACCAGGGCCCACCACCACCAUAUGGCAGACUGCCAGCCCAAGUGGGCCCCCCAGUCAUCUACCCUGCUCCUCUCGGGUAUCUGACCUACCCAUCUGAAUAUGGAUAUCAACAAGCUGCUAUGUACAAUCCCCAAGUGGCAUCCUACUACUACCAACAGCUAUAUGGACCAACGUCACCAUCAGCUGUUGGACCUCCACCCUACCACCAUUACCCUCACAUGGGGUACUCUAUGCAAAGUCCCAGGGCAGGGUUUCCUUCUCUAGCACAAGGCCCACGGCCACCAUACAUGCAGCAGCAUCCUGCACCCCACAUGCAGGGGUCCUUCAUUCCCUCCUCCUCGCAACAACACCCGUUUCAGCUCCAACCCCCACCACAUGCAAGGCAACCCCUGAGCACAGCAGUAGACUUACAAGCUCCUCAGCAACCCUCCACAGCUGGAGCAAACACCGAUAACCAGGAUGCUUGAAGGUGGCAAUUCACAUCCUUCCAGCAUAACUUCUGCUCAUCGGUCCUUCUGAUUGAUCACAAGGAACAAUGGGAACAUGGAUUUAAUAAAGUUGUGACAAAGCUUAUAAGGCUGAGUUGAAAAUUUGCAUUAAGAUCUCCCAAGUCAGUGAUGAAACUACUUCAGCAGCCCCAUGAUGAGCAGUAAUUGACGCCAAACUUCUUUUUUGUUUAUUUUUUCCCUAAUUCUCAUUUUUUGUAAGACAUCUGUCCAGUGCAUCUUUGAAUUAAAUCUCAAAUUUUCAUUUUGA